AUGGCGCUUAACCCACCACCGCUGAUUAUAGCCGCUCCUCAAACCCAAGACUCGACGAUUAUAUUUCUUCAUGGCCUGGCAGACAACUCCAGGAAUUGGGUUCAUUUGGCGCACAAGAUGCACGAGGACACAGCGCUGCAAAACACCAAAUUCAUCUUGCCCGACGCCGAGGAGAGAAAGGUCACAUUGUGGAACAAGCAUGGCGAAUCGAUGCCAGCAUGGUUCAACAUCCCCACCUGGAACGACACGGCAAGCGAGAACAAUGACCAGGAAGGCUUAGAAGCGUCCAGGGGUAUUCUGCUCUCGCUCGUCAAAGCAGAGACAGACGAGUAUGGGAUCCCGCCGUCGCGAAUAUUCCUUGGUGGGUUUUCCCAAGGCGGCUGUGUGGCGCUCUUCACCGCCGUGACUGCUACACUGUCUCUAGGCGGCGCAUUUGGCCUGUCGACUUACCUGCCCAUGAUCGACCGGGUGAAGAUACUCGUUUCCGAGCAGGCGCCGGCAAUCCCCUCGUCGCGUAGAACACCGGUUUUCCUGGGUCAUGGAAAUGGGGACCCUAAGGUAAAGCUGCACUGGGCACAACGUACAGCCAACGCUAUCGUGGACAUGGGGGUUCCUACGCGGUUUGAGGUGUACAGUGGCAUGUUUCACCAAACUUGCGACAAGGAAAUUGAAGAUUUGUGCUGUUUCAUAAAGCAGCACUUGAACAUAGGGCCAAUAGAAGAAACAUAA